AUUCUCAAUUGUGUCAAUAAUGUCAGUUUGAUAUGUCAAGAGUAGAGUAAUUUUUGCACGACCGUUUCAUAUAAGUAGAAUGAAUUAAAAUCAGCGCUAUUAGUGAAAAGUUGUAAUUCUUAUGAUAAAUUUUGCAUUUAUAAACGUCCAAUGAUAUCAAUAAGUGGUUAGGAGAAAAUUUCUUCUUGUGAUACAGUAAGUUACGAAGUUCACCCUGAACACUACAACAAACUGGAGGGGCAUAAGGUGCCUUUGCUAUUGGUUACAGGCGAACAAGGCGCGCGGUUAGCUCCGUCCAGUUCCAGUCCAGAUAUGGAUGAUGGAGGAAAACGACAGGCUACUAGGGUGUUUAAGAAAAGUGCUCCGAACGGAAAAAUCACGGUUUAUUUAGGUAAAAGGGACUUUGUGGAUCACAUAUCACACGUAGAUCCCAUAGAUGGUGUGGUAUUAGUAGAUCCCGAAUACAUCAAAGACAGAAAAGUAUUUGGACAUGUACUUGCUGCUUUUAGGUAUGGUAGAGAAGACCUCGAUGUUUUGGGCUUAACAUUUCGUAAAGAUCUGUACUUAGCUGCCGAACAAAUUUACCCUCAAAUAAACUCAACUCAAAUUAAACGACCUCUUACAAGACUGCAGGAACGAUUAAUUAAAAAAUUGGGAUCAAACGCUUACCCUUUUUAUUUUGAAUUACCCCCACACUGUCCCGCCUCCGUAACACUUCAACCUGCUCCAGGAGACACCGGCAAACCUUGUGGCAUCGAUUAUGAAUUGAAAGCAUUUGUAGGCGAUAGUCAAGAUGAUAAACCUCAUAAGAGAAAUUCCGUUAGGCUUGCCAUACGAAAAAUUAUGUACGCGCCGAAUAAACAAGGAGAACAACCGUCCGUAGAAGUGAGCAAAGAAUUUAUGAUGAGCCCCAAUAAACUAUAUCUAGAAGCAUCCCUCGAUAAAAAAUUAUAUCAUCACGGUGAAAAUAUAGCUGUCAAUGUGCACAUAGCAAAUAAUUCCAAUCGCACAGUUAAAAAGAUUAAAGUUUCCGUUAGACAGUUUGCAGACAUAUGUCUGUUUUCAACAGCUCAAUAUAAAUGCACCGUUGCAGAAAUAGAAAGCGAAGAGGGAUGUCCUAUAGGUCCCGGCUUCACUCUUAGUAAAGUUUUUACGCUUACGCCUUUACUGGCCAAUAAUAAAGACAAAUGGGGCUUAGCCCUCGACGGUCAAUUAAAACACGAAGAUACCAAUCUUGCGUCUAGUACACUUGUAGCUGAUACGUCACAACGAGAAAACUUGGGAAUAAUCGUCCAAUACAAAGUUAAGGUAAAAUUGUGCCUUGGUGCAUUGGGAGGAGACUUAGUGGCUGAAUUACCUUUCAUUUUAAUGCACCCAAAACCCGAAGAAGAAAUAUUACCGCCACCAACACCUUCUAGACGUGCCAGUGAAGAUGUUAGAAAUGACAUACCAGACGAUACAAACUUAAUUCAGUUAGAUACCGAUGAUAAUCAUGACGACGAUAUCAUUUUUGAGGAUUUUGCAAGAUUACGAUUAAAAGGGGGAGAGACGGAGGCAUGAAGCAGGGCAGCGACCAAGUCUCGUCCAUUUGUUCCCAUACGUACCGAUGUGUAUAUCACCUGCGAAUAGGUAUAUUGUGAAUCUACAAAUCUAUUUCGAAUUGAUUAUUUGGGAAAUUUUUUUUUUCGAAUAAUUAUUUAGAAACACAUUUGUGAAUUCCUGGUACUGGUGCCUAUGUAACCAGUUUGUGUGCCCUAGUCAGCGGCUGUGUUAUAUUUCACAACCAGAUUGCACUUCUUAUAUGGUUAACUUGUUCCCUUCUUUAAUUUUUAUCUAUGUCCUAAUAUAUCAGUAAUUAUUUAUUAAAUUUUAACAAUAAAUUUUAACAUUUCUUCAA